AUGAGAGCCAAGCCGCCGGGCCCCCGCGCCUCCAGGAGAGCCAAGCCGCCGGGCCCCCGCACCUCCAGGAGAGCCGAGCCACCAGGCCCCCGCGCCUCCAGGAGAGCCGAGAGCCGAGCCGCCGGGCCCCCGCGCCUCCAGGAGAGCCGUCCUGCCGGGCCCCCGCGCCUCCAGGAGAGCCGAGCCACCAGGCCCCCGCGCCUCCAGCAGAGCCAAGCCGCCGGGCCCCCGCGCCUCCAGGAGAGCCGAGCCGCCGGGCCCCCGCGCCUCCAGGAGAGCCGAGCCGCCGGGCCCCCGCGCCUCCAGGAGAGCCAUACUGCCGGGCCCCCGCGCCUCCAGGAGAGCCGAGCCGCCGGGCCCCCGCGCCUCCAGGAGCGCCGAGCCGCCGGGCCCCCGCACCUCCAGGAGAGCCGAGCCGCCGGGCCCCCGUGCCUCCAGGAGAGCCGAGCCGCCGGGGCCCCGCGCCUCCAGGAGAGCCGUCCUGCCGGGCCCCCGCGCCUCCAGGAGAGCCGUGCCGCCGGGCCCCCGCGCCUCCUGGAGAGCCAUCCUGCCGGGCCCCUGCGCCUCCAGGAGCGCCGAGCCGCCGGACCCCUGUGCCUCCAGGAGCGCCGAGCCGCCGGGCCCCUGUGCCUCCAGGAGAGCCGAGCCGCCGGGGCCCCGCGCCUCCAGGAGAGCCGUCCUGCCGGGCCCCCGCGCCUCCAGGAGAGCCGUGCCGCCGGGCCCCCGCGCCUCCAGGAGAGCCAUCCUGCCGGGCCCACGCGCCUCCAGGAGCGCCGAGCCGCCGGGCCCCCGCGCCUCCAGGAGAGCCGAGCCGCCGGGCCCCCGCGCCUCCAGGAGAGCCGAGCCGCCGGGCCCCUGCGCCUCCAGGAGAGCCGAGCCGCCGGGCGCCUGCGCGUCCAGGAGAGCCGAGCCGCCGGGCCCCUGCGCCUCCAGGAGCGCCGAGCCGCCGGGCCCCAGAGCCUCCAGGAGAGCCGAGCCGCCGGGGCCCCGCGCCUCCAGGAGAGCCGUCCUGCCGGGCCCCCGCGCCUCCAGGAGAGCCGUGCCGCCGGGCCCCCGCGCCUCCUGGAGAGCCAUCCUGCCGGGCCCCUGCGCCUCCAGGAGCGCCGAGCCGCCGGGCCCCUGUGCCUCCAGGAGAGCGAGCCGCCGGGCCCCCGCGCCUCCAGGAGAGCCGAGCCGCCGGGCCCCCGCGCCUCCAGGAGAGCCGUACUGCCGGGCCCCCGUGCCUCCAGGAGUGCCGAGCCGCCGGGCCCCUGCGCCUCCAGGAGUGCCGAGCCGCUGGGCCCCUGCGCCUCCAGGAGUGCCGAGCCGCCGGGCCCCUGCGCCUCCAGGAGAGCCGAGCCACCGGGCCCCUGCGCCUCCAGGAGUGCCGAGCCGCCGGGCCCCUGCGUUUUUGUCCAAAGUACCCACCACCUGGGAGACAAGAAGCUGCAAAACAAGCCGGGGGGGAAGUGA